ACAUUGACAACAACACGCAUGCAUCACCAUCAUCAUGCAUUCUCAUGUUAUGAUUAUCGCGCACAGUUAACUUGGAAUCUAUUAUGUAUAAUGUUAGAUCGAUCAAAUGGCGAGAAACCUAGCCAACUUCGACAUAGCUAUCAUCCCCAACUUCAUGCCCGGACCCGCAUGGGCAGAUUCGAUGAUAGACAAUAUGAGGAGGCUGCCGGUGGAGAUCGCACUGGACAUCAUGUUUAGGACUCUCAAAGGGUAUUCGGAGUCCUUUGUUGAAAGUUCAAAGAGGGAACUAAUCAAUACCCAUGGAUACUACGAUGCUCCGGUGAAGCACCUCAAUUGGUAUCCGGAGCUAAUGUGCAUGAAUUUGUUCUAUAUACCAUUAAACGAGUAUCAAGAGAUGUCAAAAGAAGUUUAUUGUAUGCUGAGGCAUAUGGUGCGGUUGAAUCACAUAGGAAUUAUCCUUCAUAAACCCACAUUGAGACGAUGUAUCCAGCAAUGGAUUCUCUUUCCAGACAACAUCAAUAUCUUCGGAAGAUGGCUCCUCGAGCACGCCCAACUCGGCGGAUGGUUUGGGCUCGUAAUGGAGCCAAGGACUUUGAACUAUAUGGCCAUUACACUUCAUAUAAACAGGGAAGUUCAGGUCGUCGAAGAGGGUUUUGAACUGGUGGAGGUCCCAUGGGCCGUACUAGAAGGAAGCUCGAUUGAGAACCCGACAAUCGAGCCGUCUAGGGUGCCCAGAUAUUGGAUACAUCUGAAAGAAAAACUUCGUGAUCUGAACCACCUCUUACCACGUCAAGUUCCAGCAGUGCUCAUGACCCCAGAAGGAUAUCACUACGAUGGGAGGAUCAAGGAGUGUUACUUACCAACACUCACCAUGACAAACAACUUAAUAGAGCAAAAUAAUUAUGGCCUGAGGCGAGUGGCAACAGCUCAUGCCUAUUUGAUCGAACAAGCUUUCAUUGAGGAUGUGCUUCUCCCGGAGCCAGCGCUCCCACAUCAGUAAGAAGAUAAGAGGCCUUCGGGAGGUCAACUUGUUGGAAGGAAGGUCAACACUUUUGAAAAUUUUGCCCCGAGGCCCCUCCGCAGAAAGGAGCAUGCGGCCUUGAUGCCUUUUCCAUUUAUUAUAGUAAUGGGAAGGAUGCCUGGGAUAUAGUGGCUAGUGACGCCACCUUUUUAUAUAUUCUGUAAAUAACGGAAGUUUGUCCCAGUUGAUCGAAGAAAAGUCUUAUUUUGUAUUUAACGUCUAUAUGGUUGAUUCAAUUUUAACUGUGCGCGACAAUCAUAACAUUGCAUACAUGCAUCUGCAUUUGUUAAGAAUAUAAUAUUGAUUACUAACGGUUAAUCUCAUGAUUAGGUUUUGUCACCAGAUAAAAUUUCUGUUUUGGA